AUGCUUACAACAUAUGAGAUGCUAAUCCGUGAAGAGCAAUAUUUCAAGCGAAUCUGGUCCGCAGUGUUUGUGGAUGAAGCGCAUCGUUUGAAAUCAAACAAAUCCAUUCUACAUCAAAUUAUGCAUAAAAUGCUAAUCCGUGAGGAGCAAUAUUUCAAGCGAAUCUGGUCCGCAGUGUUUGUGGAUGAAGCACAUCGUUUGAAAUCAAAAAAAUCCAUUCUACAUCAAAUUAUACAUAAAAUGCAUGUCGAAUUCACUGUACUUUUGACUGGAACACCUGUUCAGAACAACCUUAACGAGCUCUACUCACUUUUAUCAUUAAUUGAUAGCAAAAUUUUUCCACUGGAGAACGAAGAUCAAUUUAUUGCGAAGUAUCGGAAUACUGGCGAUCGGAAAGUUGCCGACGAGCUGCAACAGUUGCUUUCCAAGUACAUGUUUCGUCGAACCAAGGAAAUGCUCAGUAUUGGAAUACCUGAUAGUUCUGAACUUAUCAUAUAUCACCGAAUAACGGAAAUCCAAAAAAAUCUUUAUCUUGCUACACUCACCAAAAAUUACGAGUUUUUUGAAAGCAUGGAUGCAAGAAAAACUCAGGCAUCCGGCAACAAGAUGUCAUUGCUCAAUAUUUUGAUGCAGUUGCGCAAAUGCGUUGCCCAUCCAUACUUGUUUGAUGGUGUUGAGCCAGAACCAUUUGAAGAAGGCGAUCAUUUGUUCGAAGUUAGCGGAAAAUUUUUUUUGCUCGAUCGUUUGCUUGCUUUUUUGCAUCAAAAAGGACAUCGCUACAGCUAUCAGCGCUUGGAUGGAAGUGUGAGAGCGGAGGAGCGUUUUGCAGCAAUAAAUCGUUUCCAGGGUGAUCCAGAAACAUUUUGCUUUCUUCUGUCAACUCGAGCGGGUGGCCUUGGUCUGAAUCUAACGGGGGCCGACACUGUGAUUUUUUUGGAUUCAGAUUUCAAUCCACAGAAUGAUAUCCAAGCUGCAGCACGAUGUCAUCGAAUUGGGCAGACAAAGCCGGUGAAAAUUAUACGUUUGAUUGCGCGUUACACUGUUGAAGAUAUGAUUCUGUGUCGUGCCGCGCGAAAACUGCAAAUGACUGAACAAAUUUUGGGCAGUACUGAUGAUAUUAAAAGAGACCUCACAGCUGCAGAAAUCUCGGACAUAAUUGUGAAAGGUAUGAGUCGCCUUCACGAUGAAACGACAACCCUAGAACUGCUGGAUAUGGAAGCCAUCGAGAGACUGCUUGGCAAAACUGAUGAAAAUGGACACUGGGUUAUCGUAAGGGAGAAGGAUGAACGAGAGAGCUCCGCUGAAGGGGGAACAACAAAAGGGAACGGUGAUGAAAUGGAGAAUAUGUACAUCUUUGAAGGACGUGACUACAAACAAGAUAUUGCGGUUUUGCAAAAUAUUGUAGGCGAGGAGACAACAGGAGCAGAUGAUGAUACUCGACGAAUUGCUCGAAACCACCCACCGUCCGGAACAGUUGAAAGGCGAACGCGUAAACCGUUAUCCAAAGAAGAGAUUGAGGAGAGGCAGAGAAAACGCAAAGAAACUCUCGAAAAGAAGGAAAAGCUGAGAAAAGAGGAAGCGGAGAGGAAGAAAAAGGAGCGGGAAGCUAGGAAAAUCAUGAAGUGGCAAAAAAAUAAUUACGUGAGCGGAUCGCUUCCGUUGCCGGACGAACCGGCUGAACCUUAUGAAAACGAGAGCGCUGAUCACUGUGGACCUCAUUUUGUCUAUGGCAGUGUUACAGAAACUCAACGGGCUCCCAGUGACGAUUGCGAUAAUGCUCUGAUUGUUCAUGUUGUUGAUGAUAGUGGAUCGUUUGGCCGUGGAGGAGUAUUCGAUGCACUGAGGGUGAAAAGUCAACAAGUUGUUGAUGUGUACGAGUUAGCCGGGAAAAUGGGUGAUUUGCAUGUUGGCGAUGCACACCUGGUUAAGAAUAUUGCCGAAGAGUUGCCGAUAACUCCUUUGCGACAAGGAAGUAGUUUUCGAAACGCCGAUGAUGAUGAUGAGCCAACAACUUCCGGGCAACAUAGCAAAUGGAAGGUUUCAGCUGUUUUGCUGGUAGCACAGCACUAUCGUAAACGAGAUGAAAUAAGCCAAGAUGUACUGGCAAAAUGUCUUCGAAAACUUGCUUCAUACGCGAUAGAUUCGGGUGCUCGAAGUAUACAUAUGCCACGUAUUGGAUACGAUAAACGAAAUAUCAGCUGGUAUGCCAUCGAACGGCUAAUUUGCCGAAUUUUGGUCGCCCGAGGUAUUCACACUUACAUUUAUUAUUUCAACCGCAGAGCCAGCACCAGUGCUGCUUCGGACAUCGCACCCGUUGUUACGAACAGCAAUGAAAAUAGCAACCCAGCUAAACGACGAAAAGUGGAACAAGCUGAGGAAUGA